ACGCUAUGCAUAUCCGCAGUUCGCUCCGGUAUGUAGUGCAGAGAACACUUUGCAGUACCUAUUGUUUUGUCCUAUAAUUGCCUGAGAUUGUGAUAUUUACCGAAUAUUCUGCCACAUACAAAUUAUAUGAUUUUACCUUUGGUACUGCGCGAUAUAGAUAUUUAAACAAUGGACGCCUCGACAAAACGAAGCAAAUCAAAAGCUUCAAAAGCCAACAACGCAAAAAAAGAUGCGGAUGCGCCAGAGUUGUUUCCAGUGGGCCGUGUUGAUCCACAGGUUUUAAAGUCCUACAUUAAUGGCUUCCCUGACUUGAUAGAGGAAUCUCAAGCUAGACCGAAGAAAGCCACCACUAAAACGAAAAAUUCGGAACCAUCGGAUCUAGCAACAUUGGAAUUACCCACUGGAAGGAAGCCAAAGAAAGCUUCGCCUGCGUCGGCAAGGACGAAACCUGUAGCUGAUGAUUCAAAACGUGGCAAAGGAAAGGCUCGCAAAGAGCAAAGCAGCCCAAUACGAGACGACGCUGACUUUGGUGCGUUUACACUGAUAAGUCAACUUUUGGAUCGUCCCUUUCUACCGGACAAUUCAAUCGCUCAACCAAAAUCCAAAGAAACGAAAAAGAAGUCGUCCGUUAAAAAGGAACCGACUGGCCGAUCAUUACGCUCGAGCAACAAGUACGCGCUUUUCGAUGACAGACACGUCGACUCGAUACCCUUUUCCAUCUUCUCCAUAGACUGGUACAUCUCGGACAGAGACUUCUACGACAAAAAGUUAUCCACGAUCCUGAGCGAUUUCGAGAUACCGAGAGAAAACCGACGCGACGGCAACGAGAGGCUCUAUUACAACUACCUGCUUCUCGACUCGCGAAAGUGUCGAGAUAGAAGAGGCGUCAGCUGGGAAAGCUUCAUCGACUCCGUGUUCUAUCUCGGAAAGGGAAAAAGCGCAAGAUCGAAGAGCCACACUAAGGCAGCCGAGGAGUAUUACGCGAUGAACAAGCCCACCACGAGCAAGAAGAUCAAGAGGAUAAUCGAUAUUUGGAAGGACGGUUAUCCGGUCAUGCUUCUCGAGUUUGCGAGGAACAUCAUCAGCGAAGAGGCUUACACUCGGGAAGCUCUGAUGAUCGACGCGGUAGGUAAAGAUCGAAGCUGCAACGUUAUCAGGGGCACCUAUUACGGUGUGGCAGCGACUUUGAAGCCGAUCGAACAGCGUCGGAUGGGUGUUGUCAUACUGAUGGAGGCCAGGAAGUGCUUUAUCGUUAACGGAGCUUACGAGGAGUUUCCGCCGGAAUAUUAGAGUGAGAUGUUGAAUUUGGCGAGACGGUAGAGUUAUUAUUUCAUGUUUUUAUAUUGUGAGUAUUUAUAUUAAAUACUUGUAUUGGCGUAGUUUAAGAUUGGGGAACACGUACACUUGUUACACGCAGUGAGAUAUUUUAACGAAGAAUUGUUACUUUUCUGUGACUGUUACUUUAGUAUAGCCUUGAAGAUGCUUGUAAAGUACUUUAGAGGCGAUAAUUUGUGUUUAAGAUAAGUUUUAUAUCGAUUUGCAAAUUUUAUAAGCAUAAUAUAUAGGAGAAGGUAGUAUUUCAAAUUUUAUAUAGAUUUAUAAAUAUUUUAAUACUAUAUAGGCUGGGCUGUCAAAUAUGCUGUGCAAUAACAAAUAUUUACAGACGAACGCAGUAAUCGUUCGUGCAUCAUUCUUUUUUUUUUUAUCGAUUUAUAGUAUGUAUAACAAAUUUUAAGACUUAGUUGGAAUAUGUUUAGAAGUUUUUUUGUAUAAAAGCAUAAUGAAAAUGUAUUUUUAAUAUAGAUUUAUACGUCUGUUAUAUCGAUUAUAUAAUGUUAUUAAACAUGUGCAAUAAAUGUAUACAAUACAA